AUGCCCCUGGUUUUCUCGUUCACCUCCCUUAUAGCGCUGUAUGUGCCACGUUCUUCCUCGCUGUGUAAUUUCAUUGCUUCACUGUAUCACUCCAUCACCUUGCUCAAGUUCAUGGAGCUGAUCACAGACUCCUGAGGGAAAGCUUGUAUGUUGGCUGCUUUGUCUGGACAGCAGGUGUCUCCAGAUCCUUUCCCCUGCUGCCGCUGCUGCUGUCUGCCAAUAGUGGCCAUCAACAGCAGCAGCCGAGGCUGGAUGAUGGCUGCUGUGCUACAGCUGUCUGUUGUUCGCAGUAUCUUGCUAUUCGUCACUCUGGUCCUGUGGACUGAUGAACAGUACGACUAUGGUGAUGUGAAAACAGUGUUCAACCUCAACCUGUAUGUGAAAGGUAUCAUAUGUGUGUCAACCUUCGUGUCUUUCUAUGGCCACCUGCUGUUUUACAAAGCCACUAAGAGUGCUUUACAUGGCUAUGGACUGAGAGCCAAGUUCAUCUGUAUCAUCAUGGUGCUGGUGCUGUGUGGGCUGCAGAGUGGCAUCCUAGAGACCAAGGGUGCUCUGGAGGUCAUCCCCUGCAUGCCACCCUUCUCUGUCUUGACCAGGUCCCAGUUGAUCUACCACUAUGGAGGGAUUGUGGAGAUGUUCUGCAUUGGCCUGUAUGCCCGCCACACUUACCGUAAGGUGGAGCAGAGCAUGUUGGAGGAUGUGGAGUGGUCCCUCAGUGUUCAGCAGGUAGAAAAAGCUGUUCAAACUGACGUGAAGAUGAUGCAGCACAAGCUUGGCCUGCCCUCAGAGGAGGCUUGGCCUGGAAGAUGAUCCUGCACAGUGGCCGACAGCCUGUGCAGGAUAGAGCAUGCAUUUCUGGAUGGUUUCCCCUUUCCUCAGGCCAGAGGUCAUCAUCCAGGCAGACCAGAUCCACUGGAAGCCAGGUCUACAGAGGAGCCAGUUGUAGUUGUGACUCACAUUACUGUCAGAGCUGAUAUGAACUAUCAGGACUGUAAAGAUGUUACAACCGUUUGACUAACUAUGGAAGACCUUUAAGAAAACCCAGAAUAAGGUGAUUUGCCAGUACGCUAUUUUCAUGUAGUGUGAGUGGCCCCGAGGACCCUGGAGAACUGUGAUAAACAGGGCAACAACUGAACCACAUGGUUCCCUUAUACUAACUCCCUUGUGUGAGGUUGUUG